CUCCAUCACACCACCAUGAAUACCAAGGUCUUCCUCCUUCUGGCCAUGGCCGCCCUCGCCGCUGCUGACUUCAGCUACGGCAGGCCCGACAGUCACUCCUUCGAGUCCUAUGAGUCUGAUGAGUCCAGCGAGGCCAAGUACGCCUUCCAGUGGGCUGUCAGGGACGACUCCACCGGCAACGACUUCGACCACCAGGAGGCCCGUGACGGCGACGACACCCAGGGCGUGUACACUGUGCACCUCCCUGACGGCCGCCGCCAGACCGUCACUUACGUCGUGGACGGUGACGACGGCUACGUGGCCGACGUCAAGUACGACGGCGAGGCUCGCUUCCCCGACUCCUACUCCCGCGAGUCCUUCGAGUCCCGCUCCUUCGAGUCCCGCGAAUACCGCCCACCCAGGCCCGCCUACUUCUAUGGCUCCAACGAGUCCAAGUAAACAAACAGACCAUCAUGAACACGUCUCCUGCUGGACACUCGACCUCCUCCACCGAGACUGCUAUUUAUUGUCCCUCUCAUUGCUGACAAUGAGAACCUGCACAUUAUUUAUUGACAAAUAAACUAUGCAAACAUUA